CAACAAAAAAUCCGUCAGCUCUUACUGCAUCCCUUGGGAGUCGCUCCGCUGCUGUGGUGCCGGCACUCGCUAUGGCUUGCUGUGGUGCCGGUACCAGUGCGCCCAGUGGCGGGGAGAAGGAUGACUUUGAUGAGAUCAAGCCAGUCUCUGGAGACUAUAUUAUCCAGCUUGAAGUCUCUUCAGUCUCUCCCAUCAUGGAACCAUCGCCUUCUCGGAAGCUGGAUGAGCCGGACGAUCUGGAAGUGGAUCUACAGAGUUCCGACGCGCUCAUCGAGGUCUUGCACCACGAGGACCUUCGACUCAUCCACGGCACCUACCUGCAAUGGCUGCACGAGGAGCAGCGAGCCUUUCCCCGACGACAGGACAUUGAGGAAAAGGCCUUUGUGAGCAGCCUAGAGUUGGAGCAGUGGAGGCUGAACAAGAAUGAGAUGCAGAGCCGCGUCCGGAUCAUUUGCCUGUCUCAUGUGUGGGAGUGUGAUCAGCAUCCGGACCCUGCCGGCUAUCAACUGGAAGUCCUGGCCAAGUCACAGCACUGGCCUGCUUCGCUGUCCUGGUAUUUCAUCGACUUCAUGUCGGUGAGCCACCUCAACCGGAAGGACUCGAUGGAGAGCCUGUGCCCCAAGUACAUCUAUGCGCUGUACUCGCAUGAAAAGACCUUCACUUACCAGAUCACAGGAUUCACACCUGCGGCCAAAUUUCGAGAAGCACUGAAGUCGGAGGUGCGCGCAGCUUAUGCAUUCCAAGACUUUUCAGUGAUUCAGGGACCUACACGUUUGAAGCAUUUGAUCUUGGAUGACACACCCUACCUGCAGCGCGGCUGGUGCCUGGCGGAAGCUCAGUGGUCCGUCAUGAGGAGCGAUCCCAGGCGCUUGGUGUGUUUGGACUCCAUCGAGGAGCACAAGGCACCUAUGCCACCCAAGAUGUUCCAGGCUAGAGUGGCCAAUGGAGCCUUGAGGUUCCGCUACUUCUUGGACGAGGAAGCCAUCAUCUAUCAGCAAGAGAAGGCCUUCAAUCAGAAGGCGCAGAGCAGCACGCAGCUGCGGCUGAUGAAAUUGCCGGCCACGGAGGUGCUGAUCUUGGCUGAGGCUUUGCCCUUCUACGUGCGCUUGACCAAGCUGUCCCUCUCCAAGUGUCGCUUGUCCGUCCGGGUGCUCACCGCCCUGGCCAAGGGAUUGGAAGAGCAUGCUCUUCGGGACUUGGACUUGCGUGACAAUGCCAUGAACGACGCCUCGGCCAACGGCAUUGCGGAGAUCUUUCGUACGAACCACCACCUGAAGCGCGUGGACCUGAGGCAGAAUUCCUUCUCUCCCGCGGGCGCCAAAGCCAUCGCUUCAGGGCUCACCGACAAUUCGCAUGUGUCGGAGCUGAUCCUGCGGGAGAAUCAGAUCCAAUGUCACGGUGCAAGCAUCUUGGCAGAGGCUCUCCGUUUCAACGAUGCCUUGGAGUUCUUGGAUGUCUCCUUCAACCAGAUCCGAGAUGAUGGCGCCAUGGCAUUUGCAAUAGCUUUGCCUGAUAAUCAGAGCCUCCGCACUUUGAACUUGGCGGAAAAUUUGAUCACCAGCGCGUGUUUGCCAUCCUGGGCCACUUACUUGAGCAGCGGCCAGUGCAGGUUGCAACAACUUCGGUUCGAUGGGAACCUCAUUGAUGUGGAUGCUGAGGCUGCGAAAGUUUUGGAGGACUCCUGGCACGAGGGUCAACGAGCGGGAACGCAGCACUUGCCAAGCAUUUGCGGCCUCGGUGAGAUCGAAGAUCGUGUGAAGCAGAGAUUGGAUCGGACCUGGAACUCACACGCCUCCGGGCCCAGCUCUGCUGCGGCAGCCUAUGUGGAAUUCUGUCGUCGUCCGGUGUUGCUGGCGGCCAUGCCAUGCUUACCGGAGGCCUGCUUCUAUUUUGCUUCCCUGCAGGCUGAGCCCAGCUGGGAUAGCCCAGCCGGUUGGGUGAUCGCAGGAGCUCUUUUGGUGACUUUCAUCGUGGUUUGUUUCCACUUCGUCCUGGAGUUGAAUUCCAACGCCCGCAAGGCCUGCUCCUCAUUGGCGCUACACUUGGACUUGGCCUCUGCCCUGGGUGCCGUGAUAGCCGCUCUGGCCAAUGCCUUGUGGACCCUGCCCUUGUGCGACACCAUCCCAGAGGCAGCAGCAUGCUACAGCUUGAGCUUCGUUGGCCUGUUCGCUUUGGUCCUACAACAAGUGGCCCGGUGUCAGGGACGUGGCCGGCCGAAGCCCUGGUGCAACGGACCGGACCCCGACGCAGCACCAACGCACCAGCAGACCAACGCUGACCAUGAAGAUGCCUGGUUUCUAGAGGAUGUGCGUCCUUUCGAGGGGCCAUUUGUUCCACUCUCCGUCAGGCCGGCGAUGGUCUUGAAGACGAAGCUCACUGAGGCCUUGGGUAUCAAGCACCCAAUCAUCCAGGGUGGGAUGCACUAUGUGGGCUAUGCCGAGCUGGCCGCUGCCGUCUCCAACGCGGGCGGUUUAGGGAUCAUCACGGCACUCACCGUGGCGCAACCGCCUCGGGGCAAGGAAGCCUUGCGGGACGAGAUCAGGAAGUGUCGACAACUCACCGACAAGCCAUUUGGGGUGAACAUCACGUUGUUGCCCGUUGGUGUUCCACCUGAUUUCGAUGGCAUCGUGCAGGUGUUGAUUGAGGAAAAGGUGAAAGUCAUAGAGACUGCUGGGCGGAAUCCGGAGAAGGUCAUCAAGAAGUGCAAGGAGGCUGGCAUGUUUGUGAUCCACAAGUGUGUGGCGGUGCGACACGCACAGACCGCCGCCAAGAUGGGAGCAGACAUGAUCUCCAUGGAUGGCUUCGAUUGCGGUGGCCAUCCAGGCGAAGAAGAUGUUGGCAACUGGGUGCUGUUGGCCCAAGCUUCUCAGGAGUUGAAGAUCCCCUUCGUGGCGUCGGGCGGCACCGCCACCGGAGUGCAGCUGGCAGCCGCCUUGGCCAUGGGUGCCGAGGGGGUGAACAUGGGCACGCGCUUCAUGGCGACCAAGGAGGCGCCCAUUCUGCAGCCGAUCAAAGACACCAUGGUCAAAGCCAAAGUGACGGACACGACGCACAUCUUCCGAACCAUGGGAAACACGGAGCGUGUUUACAAGAACAAGACCGUGAAAGAGGCGGGUGACAUGAGGUCAUGUGGGAGACAGACACUUCGGCUCACUAACAUGAUCUAA